AUGCCUAAAGCCCGCAAGUCAAAGUCUUCGAGGAGCCUGCGCGAGACCGUACUCAGUCGACAAGCUGGCCUUGCUCCCAAGCCCGCACAGCCAGCGCCGAGGUCCAACCAUUCAGCGCCGGUGGCUGGUAGCAGCAAUCUUCGGACGCAGCCUGUGUUUACAGCGGAGAGAACAGGCGCUUGGACCGACUGCUUUGCCCAUGGCAUCACCUUUGUGGAGGGCUGCGAAGAUUGCGAGUUCCACCGAAGCGUUGUUGUAAGAAUGCAAAGGAACAACGACUAUAUAAAGUCUAUUGGUGGCACCGAGGAGUUCAUCGAGCUCUUGAAGAGGAUGACGUCCGAGUCGUAG